GCUUGUUUUCUUGUUUUUGUUUAUACUUUACACUUAAUAAAUUCUACAUUCAUAGGUUUUCUUGUGAAUGUGAAUGUGAAUGUGUGUGAGCAUAAUUCUUGAAUGUACCUGAACGUAAUUUAAAAAUGUGUUGGGAUGUGUUGAUUCCCAGUAUCCUACAUGUUAUGUAUCACAUAUGACAAAUAAAUCUUGAAACAAGACUAAACAACCUACUUCCCAGUUAGUUUUCGACCCCUCUCAUAACCUGGACCAGAGGGAUUGAAACUAUGUUCAGCAAGAAAAAGAAGAAACCUCAGAUUUCCCAACCCAUCAACUUUGAACAUAGGGUACACACUGGGUUUGACAAAAGGGAAGGGAAAUAUGUGGGGCUUCCACUUCAAUGGGCUUCUAUUGUGGGCAACAACCAAAUACUCAAAUCCACCAACAGGCCUCUACCUCUAGUUGACCCAUCAGAGAUCACUCCAACAGAAAUUCUUGACCUCAAAACAAUUGUCAGGGGUGACCAUAAAAAUGAGAAUAAGCUCAGUGCCCCUCAAGUUAAACCUAAUGGUAUUGUUCUUCCAAAGGUGUCAAAUGUGGCACGUUCCAAUUCUCUGAGAUCUUCCAGUCCUCCAAGAUUGAGGAGAGAGAGAAAUAAUGCCAAUGUACCACCUUCAGUCCCAGAAGAACAAAUCAUGCAGUAUCCUUCAAUGAGGAGAGAUCCUAGUAUAAGUAAACCACAAGUAAGAGACAGCUCUCCAGCUGAAAGAUCGCUUAGCAACCAUGAGGUUCCCAACUCUCAUGUAAAUGGCAACCUACCAGAACCAUAUAUUGGCUACCCACAACGAGAACAUCCUCAAAUAUCCCCUUCUGGUUCAGUGGCUUCCACAGGGCCCCAUCCAAUGGGACUAUCCCACUUAGGGGCUCAUUCACACUCCAGUCACGGGUCACACCAAAGCUUACAGCAUGCAGGCUAUCCUCCGAGACCUGAUCAAAAUCAGAACCAAAUCAAAAAUGGAAUGCAGCCCCAUCUACCAAUGCAUGGGCCUCCUGGUAUGGUGGCUCAGGCGCAGGCUCAGGCAGCCUCAACGAAGCAUCAUGAACAACGACUCACACACGAACAAUUCAGGGCGGCCCUUCAGAUGGUCGUCUCUUCCAAAGAUCCCAGAGAAAAUCUGGAGAGAUUCGUCAAGAUCGGCGAGGGUUCGACCGGCACAGUUUGUAUCGCUCAUGAUCGCUCCACUGGCCGGCAAGUGGCCGUCAAAAAAAUGGAUCUGAGGAAGCAACAACGAAGAGAAUUGUUGUUCAACGAAGUGGUCAUCAUGAGGGACUACCACCAUCCGAACAUCGUGGAGAUGUUCGACAGCUACUUGGUCGUGAUGGAAUUCCUGGAAGGUGGCGCCCUCACCGACAUCGUGACGCACGCUCGCAUGGACGAGGAGCAAAUAGCGACGGUGUGCAAGCAGUGCCUCAAAGCACUCGCCUACCUGCACUCGCAAGGCGUCAUCCAUCGUGACAUCAAAUCGGACUCGAUCCUGCUGGCGCUCGACGGUAGAGUGAAGCUGUCCGACUUCGGCUUCUGCGCGCAGGUGUCUCAGGAGCUGCCCAAGCGCAAGUCGCUGGUCGGCACGCCGUACUGGAUGUCGCCCGAGGUGAUAUCUCGGCUGCCGUACGGGCCGGAGGUGGACGUUUGGUCGCUGGGGAUAAUGGUCAUCGAAAUGGUCGACGGCGAACCGCCCUUCUUCAACGAGCCGCCCUUGCAAGCGAUGCGGCGCAUCCGCGAGAUGCCGCCGCCCAAGCUGAAGAAUGCGCACAAAGUGUCGCCCCGCCUGCACUCUUUUCUCGAUAAGAUGCUGGUGCGCGAUCCGACGCAGCGCGCCACUGCGCAGGAGCUGCUCGCGCAUCCCUUCCUGCGGCAGGCGGGGCCGCCCGUGCUGCUCGUGCCGCUGAUGCGCGGGGCGAAACACACGAACUAUUCGUAGAGGAGUGCCGAAUCAAGUUGUGAGGCCGUAUUUCACCAACGACAUCGAUCUCGGUUGGCGGUAACCGUCAACUUCAUUCCAACUGUAUUGAUUGAAAGCAAGGUUAUGAUAUGAUCGAUUUUUUCAUGUAGAACAACGAAUUAUCUCUAGAAAAAGGGUAAGUGAAGUGUCCACUGUCGCCUGCAUGAGAAAACGCUGACAAAAGUUUUAAACAAAUCUUUAUUAAUUAUCAUAACUCAAAGUACUCUGAUCAAUUUCAAUUAUUGACGCAAUGAUUAUCACGUGAAGUUCAUGGGGUAUGAUGAGUAAUUAUAAAAAUAAGAAACAAUCAUUUUUCAACUAUAAUUCUAUCCACUUGAAAUAUUGUUUUAUCAUUUUUUUUUUCAAUUUUGCAUAGUGGUUUGAAUAAAGAGUUGAUACCUGAAUAAUAUACUGCCGAAGGUCAAUAAAUUCAUCCACAAGGGGGUAAUUAUAAUUAACGUCACAACAAUGAUGGAAAUAAGUAGGGGUACUUACUGAGCCGCUUCUGUUUCCGAAAUUCUUCUCGGCAUGCACAAUUAUGACAUCUGUCAAUGUUGAAAUUGCUGCAGAUUUUUCGAAUUUUGAGUGAAAUAAACCCACUUUUACAUUUCCGCAAACUUGAAACGCCAUUUGCUAUUUUAUUUUGAAUCGUCACACUCGUCACAGCAGCAAUACCAGCAUCACCAUCUAGCAGAAAGAAGUAGAUUUAACGUCUCGCUCGAUCUGACGUGGAGAAAUCAUAGUAAGCGGUCGAGUGAUUUUUCUUAAGUUUUCAAUACGUAAAAAUGGCCGAGUACGCACACCAUCUACUUAUUUUCAUCAUUGUCUCAACAUUGGUUUUGAUUCAGUGACGCCACUAUUCUAUAAUGAAAAUCGUGAUUCUGGUAAUGCAAUAAUGAAAAUUCAUUACUAUAGGGAGAAAACGGGUAUAAUUUCAUCUUAAAUUCAUUUAUGAAUCAAAUCAUUCAUUUGUCAUAUUUACGAAAAUCACUGAAAAUAGCAAUGCUGAUUCCAUUGGGAUUGUGACGUCACUUUGAAAUCAUCUUUCGACUUUUUGCAUUCCCUAUUUAUCGGAAAUGUUUAAAUACACCCCGCUUAUUUAAAAUGUAAUAUUUGAACAAUUGUCAGCAUGGAGAAUAACCUCUUCUAAUUCAAUUCUAUGAUUUCACUGUAGUUUGAUGUAUUUUCUUGUGAAUGUAUGACCAUUUUCUCAAUAUGAGGAAAUAUCUGAUGAAUGAGGUUAUUUCCUGUCUACAGAAAGCUGUCUAUUGAUUUAAUGAUUUUUGCGAAAACCCUGUCUUUCAAUUCUGAUUGUUCUAUCAGCGUUGGUGUUUCCAACGAUGUAACCAUGGAUAGAGAAGCAAAGUCAGUCGGUUUGAUAUAAACUGAUUAUAGCUGUAGAUGUCGGAAUCAUUCACUUUGGUUAUACGACUAGUUCAGUUAUAAUAAAUGCUUCUUAUGAUUCAUGAAAUAGUCUAGCAAAAUACCACUCUGCUCUGAACAUCGUGAUAUUCCGUAUGAUAAUUCUGAACAAAACCUAAUCAUUGCAUCAUUAAUCAAACCUAUUUUUAAAAUAAUUAUUUUUUGUCUCAUGUUUCACUCAAAUCGUUGACUAUACUUUAGUCAAGGUAGCUGUUGCAUAUUGUUGAUACUUAACUACUACUAAGUAUUGUGUAUAGUUUUUUAGCAAUAGAUUUAGAUGUAAUGCCAAAUAUUAUGUUUUUUGUAAUUACUAAAGAUGAAAAUGAAGUCAAUUCAUUUAAACUUCAUCGAUUUUAUUUAUUAGGCUUAAAUAUUUGAAUAUAUUAAAGAUUAGAUUUCCACAUCAUUACUACGAAAUGUGACACUUGAAAUCAAAUUAUUUGUAAAUCAUUUCAUUAUGGGGUCAAUUUAAAAAAAAUUAUAAAUAUUGAAUUUUCAUUUAACUUUAUAAUUUAAAGGUGCAAUUUUUUCUUUCUCCAUUGAAUACCGUUACUUUUCUUCUACAUUAAGGUAGUUAUUAUGUUCUGAAAUAAUUCUCAAAAGAAUUUCUUAUAUUAUGUAAUCACACUCAUGAUCUUCAACUCACAUAAAUGAGAUCUCAGAUUUUUUUAUUUCUUCAUGCACCUACCAUUUUGUAUAUAUUUUACGACAAAUAAUGUUCAUCAUUAUUUCGACAUGUUUUUCUUGAAUAUUAAUGUAUAGUCGGAUUGGUAACGAAUGUCUGGCAGAGUUUAGGUAUAGUUGAUGCCAUUUACUAUUGAUCAUCUGCUCCACUGUAUUUUUCUUGUUUUCUGAGAACUUGAAAUGUAAUUUUAAUGAGAUGGACUAGACGCGAAUGAACAGAACGCAACGGAUUGGAAAACAAGAAAUCAUUUGUUAUGCUAUCUUGUUUACUGACAUCAUCUUUCAAUUGAUCUUUUCUGGUCAAAAUUCCACAAGUUUCAACUUUUGUUAAUCUUAUUUUUGGAUCAUAUUAACAUGGCAAUGACGGCCAUAUGAAAUAUUUGUUUUAGUUCCUGCGUAUAAAAAAACAAUUAUACUUACUACUUCACUACAUAUCAUUUUUUGAACAUAUGGUAAGUUUCUUAUCUCUUUCAAUCAUGAUAUUUAUAUGUUUCAAGAAGUUCAUUUAUGCCAUAUUUGUAAACAUCUCAAUCAUCUUAAUCAUCUCAUGAAAAUUGAGUACAAUAACUGCUACAAAAAAUGUCAUGCAACUUUCUUAUAAAAAACGACAUUUUAUGUCGUAAACUGUAAUUCUGCUAUUUCAUACCCGAUUUCAAAAAAUAAACGAAUCCAUUGAUUUGGAAAACACUUAUAAAGUUAUUUCUUGAACAUCUCAUUAAAAAAAUACAUUAAAUAUCAACUUGUGAUACUUUGAAUUUAAUGGAUAUGGUUCUGAACUUACACAAAAAUUGUGUUGUUCUAUUUGGAGGAAAAAAGAUUUCAUUCUGAAUGGCGUUGAAAAAAAUUAACAUUUACACCAGAUUUUGAUGUUUUUUUUUUUUGUUUUUCUACAUAGAAUGAGGAAUGGCAAAGUAACAGUUCACGGUGUUUUUUAUGUACUUGAUAUUUUAUGGGAUUUGCACUAAUAUGGCAUCAAGGAGAUUAGGGCCCAUGUCAUUUUCAUAGGAAGUUAUAUGUUUGAAAAUUCAUGAUGCUAUGAAAUGGUAUUAUUUUAUUUUUUUACAUAAGAAGGAACUAAAACAACAUUAUUUCAUUUCAUAGUCCAAACUCAGUUUUAACAUUUUUGAAAUUUUGACCUGAAAAUAUUUCUAGUGUGUGAUUCGAGCACUGAAUCUGAAAAAUUGAAAAAAUACUGCAUGGUUCAGUUGAAAAUAAAAAGUGGAUGUAAAUGAACAAGGUAACAUAAACAACUGUGCUAAAUUUUUUGGUUAUCAACACUUUAAACUAUAGUUUUAAAUCACUUAUAUGAUCUGCUGUGUAAAUUAUGAUUCUUUUCGUAGUAAGUAAUCUCUUGAGCUAAAUAUACUUUUGACUUUAUCACGAUAUUCCAGAAUAUGACAGUAUUAACGAUUGUAUUUAUAGCCGUCCGUAGAGUGCCUUUUGGCUUUAUUUACAUACACAUUUUGACUCAAAAAUAUAAUUUAUAUUCGAAAACUUUGAUUAUGGAUGAUGAGUUGAGAUAAUCUGCAUACAACCAUCUAAUAUUGUUGAUGUCUUUGUUACAAGUAACUGGGACAAGUGUUAUUCUAUCAUUUAAAUUGUCACCAACUUCAUAUAAAAAUGAAAUAGAUUUUCGUAAUACAUGCAUUGAAUUAACAUCAAUAGGGUCAUUUGGUGAACUGGAUUUCUCAAUGUGUUCCAAAUCACUAAAUAACAAAAAUAUCUAGUUCUGAUUAUUAAUCUUUUUUUUCAAGAUCCGUUAAAUUUUCAGCCUGCCGCCUUACACCUUUCCCUGCUUUUCAAUACAUUUUUUCCUUUACUUUCAUCAACUUCUCUGGUGAUUUUGCUCCAUUUUUCACAAAUCGACUGCUGAAACGCAGGACCUCGUAACUAUUUGUCAGUGAAAAAAAUUUCAUUUAUUAUAUGUUGACAGUGAUUUACAGAACAGUUCCUCGAAAAUGGGAAAAUGCUAGUUUCAGACGCAUUUCCUCUUAUAUGUUAGUUUCAAAGCAAGAUUGUCAUUGCAUAUUGAGUAAAUCCACGAAAAAUGCAAUAUGAGCAGGGAGAUUUGUUAUUGAUACCACGUUGCGGCACUGGUGUGGAUGGAGGUCAUCUGCAUAUAAAUUAUAUAAAGAAAAGAUUGAAAGAGGUGAGGUUAUGGCAUACUUGUGUCUAUUCUAGACUUUCACAUACAACACAGAAUUAUUGUAAUAGCAAUUGAUAUUGAAGUUUGGAAUACAAUUCCGUUACUGCAAAUGAAUAUGCAAAAAUUUGCAAGUGGAAAUGUCCUCAAAUCUAAAUAGUGCCAUCUGCUUUAAGCUCACCAGAUUUUCUGCCAUUCCAAAGAAAAUGAGGUAAUUUGACACAGUAUUUUAACACCUUUGUACCCUAAAUGUAAUAACAACCUACUCCUGAUUAAUGGGGAAAAUAAGGACUGAUAACACAAACCUAAAGAACUCCUACCAAAAAAUACAUACCAUAUGAUCUGGUGAAAUUGGUACCGCAUGAAGCCAGAAAACCAAUGAACAUAAAAAAAGAAGAAGACACUAUAUUCGGUUUGUGUAAGAUAAAGCUUCCAUUUCAUAUCAUUUAAGUCAUCUCAACUCUUGUAGGGUUUUAUCAAGAAGUAUAAUAAUAUAAUUUAAAGUUUGCAUUUAGGAGGUCCUGCAUAAUAUUCAAACCUUGUGGAAUAUUGCACCUAUACGAGGCAUUACAACAUCACACACUAAAUGUAACUCUGCUCUACUGUAAAAUGUCAGUCAUGUGAUUUACGAGGUUCUGCGUUUCCGCCCUCCAAAAGUGAUUUCAUAAGCCAUAAAUUGCAAGUCCACGUGAAUCUCACAGGAAUAAAACAGUAUUAUUUUAUAUGAAACGUCAUUAUUAAAUAAGGCAGCAAAACAAAAUGAUAUUGUCGCACUUGACUCAGCCGUUACUUGAUCAUAAAUGUGCCUUAUUCUGUUAACGGAAUUUCAAUUUUAUUUUGUUAUUUUUAAAAAACUUCAAAUUUUCUCGAUUCUUUUUGUUUUUUCAUUUGAUGAAAGUACAGCUAUCACCGCAGCUUUCGACCAAUGUGUGGUAAUUUGUUGAUAUAUUUAUAGAAUAUAAAUUUGUAUGUGUUAUAAUACACUUAUAUUUUAUU